UUCUGGUUGCCGCCCGCGGGUCACGAAGUCGCGGCCAUUUCUGAUCCCAAGCUCGAUGUCGUAUUUCCGUCUUUGAAAUUCUUCCUUUGGGAGGUGUAAAAUUAGUCAGUUUGGCUAUUAUCUGGGAAGAGAUUUGCAUAUUUUUCGCAUUUGAGACAAAAUAUUGGAGGUUAUAGACCAGUAGGGAAUCACAGCAUUUAAACAUGGCACUGACACUGAAAAUCAACAUUGUCCAGAAUAGCUCUGUCAAGACUUUACAGUUCAACCCAGAAGCUACCAUAGCAGAAGCAUUGAGAAUUAUAAGAGAAAGAGUUCCAGGAUCUAGUCCAGGCAAAAUUUCAGAUUAUGGGUUAUUUAGUCAAGAUGAUGAUCCAUCAAAAGGAAAAUGGUUAGAACCUGCCAGGACCCUUGAUUUCUACCCGCUCAAGUCUGGUGAUAUGCUUGACUACAAGUCUAAAGUUAGACAUCUAAAAAUCAAAUUCAUGGAUGGAUCAGUGAAAACAUUACAGAUUGAUGACAGUCACAAUGUUGGUCAAAUUUUAGACUCUGUUUGUAUGAAAAUGGGUAUUGCAAAUACUGAGGAAUUCUCACUGCUUGUUGAAGGUCAAAAAGAAGACAAAGAAGAUGCAGAUAAAAUGGGAACGAUAAAGCGGGACAAAUCUGUGAAAGAUGUCUCCUUGAAAAAGAUGGAGGAAAGAGACAAGAAAAAAAUGGAUCAGCUGAAGAGAAAACUCCACACAGAUGAUGAAGUUCACUGGCUUGGACAUGACAAAACUCUUCGAGAGCAAGGAGUUGAUGAUACAUGCACUGUUCUUUUGAGACGGAAGUACUUUUACUCAGAUCAAAAUGUUGACAUUAAGGACCCAGUCCAGCUCGGCUUGUUGUAUGUUCAGUGUAGAGAUGGUAUUUUAGAUGGAACGCAUCCAUGUACACAGGAGGAGGCAUCACAGCUCGGAGCUAUUCAGAUUCAGGUCCAGUUUGGUGAUUUUGAAGAAGGCAAAUACAAGUUUAUAGACUUAAAAGAAUUUCUUCCCAAGGAAUAUGUCAAAUCGAAGAAUAUUGAGAAGAAAAUUAAAGAGGAACACAGGAAAGUUUCUGGACAUGAUGAAUUACAGGGCAAGUACAAGUAUGUGCAGUUGUGCAGAGGGUUAAAGACCUAUGGAGUCACAUUUUUUCUUGUAAAGGAAAAAAUGAAAGGAAAGAAUAAACUAGUUCCCAGGCUCUUGGGUGUCACAAAAGAGAGCAUCCUUAGAGUUGAUGAGAAAACUAAAGAGGUUUGUAUUCAAACCAUUACCUGUUAAGUUGUGUACUUAAACCAAAUCCUGUAAUUACCAGUUUGUUACUUAUCUCUUGCCUGUCACUUGCCUUUCAAGAUUCUUUCGAUUUGUUUCCAAAUUUGCUAUAUGUGAUAAUUAAAGUGCACCUAACCCCAAAAAUUUUUUUUCGCUAAAAUG